AUGCCUGUUGUCGUAGUGGCCGGCGGCUCUGGUGACCUAGGCGGUCUCAUCGUCAAGGCAUUGUUUGAUACAGGGAAGCAUGAGGUAUAUGUGCUAUCGAGAGCUGAUUCUCCGGAGCGAGCGUCUCCCUUGACUGGCAAAUCCUAUGUCCCUUUCAUUCAUACUGAUUACUCGAGCACUGAUGUCCUCGCUGAAGGCCUGGAUAUGCGCAGAGUUGAGGUGGUGAUCUGCGCCUUCAGCCUUCGUAACGAGAGCGCAUGCAAUGCACAGUUACAGUUGAUACAGGCCGCCAAUAAAGCCUCUUCUGUCAGACGCUUCAUACCGUCCGAGUUCAAUAUCGACUAUGAUCUCGGCGAUGCAGUGCCGUAUUCGAACAAGAGGUUUCACUUGGCCGGUAGACGAGCGCUCGAAAAGACAAGUCUUGAGUUUAGUUACAUCUAUCCCGGCAUGUUCAUGGACUACUACGGCAUGCCGAAGUUCCCAACACCACUGAGACCGCUGUGCUUCCUUAUCGACCCCGUCAACCAAGUUGCAGUCCUUCCAGAUGAUGGCGAGGCAAAAAUGUCCAUGUCCCUCACUACGGAUGUUGCUCACUAUACUGCCCUGGCGCUUGACUUGGAGAAAUGGCCGAGAGUCAUGACAACAACUGCAAGCACCGUCACCUUGAAAAGCCUUGUGCAUCUUUUUGAGAAAUACACGGGUCAGCCAUUUCUUGUCGAGUAUCAACCAGUCUCCAAGUUUCUAGAGCACGAAAGCCUCUUACUUCCUAAAAAU